AGCCAACCCGGGUCCGCUUCGCUGAUCUCCCCCGCGCCCCGUACGCGGGAAAUCCUUUUAUUUACUUCUAUUUACACUCGUAGCCUCUACCGAAGCUUCGGCUAUGGCGGCCAUGGCCGAGGACGCAAAGCCCUUACCUCCUUCCUCCGUCCCUCCCCGAAGGCGAGGAGGACGGCAUAUACGGGCUCCUCAUGCCCCUGCAGUGACAGCUAGAGUUCAUCGAGAUCCAGGAGCAACGCUGUCUUCGGUGCACCAGCAAUCGAGAUCUCCUUAAGCCUUCCACCGCCGCUCCUCCGCAUCGUCGACGUCUCCCACCUCGGCCAAUCCGAGAACCCCGAUGUCAACGAAUCAGAAAAAUGAGGCUGUUCCUACCGAUCACCAUGCCACUUGGUUAUUGUAGGCAAGCGCCAAUAUAAAUCUUGUUGUUCUUCCUUAAUGUUCCUUGGAGACAUUGUCUAGUCUUCUUAAUGGAAGUGGGUCAAGUCGUUUUUCUUUGUCCCAAAGCAUCGACUUCCAAUCCCACUUCAGCUAGUGGAUUGAUAGUCAUGGUCAACGGAAUCCGACCUUUAGGACUGAGACAUGAUCGAUGUCUCAAGCUCAGCUUGUCGGAAAUAUAAGAUUAUUUGUGACAUGAACCGACACUACCGCCAUGUGGAUGCAACCUCCAGCAUGGUCAUGCCAAGAGUGCAAGACUUCCACGCCAUGGCCCGAUCACAAUGACUAUCAACUGAGAACGCACGCGAGCUGCUACGAUGACGAGAGGAAUCGACGAGUCUACUUCUCUUUUCCUUGAGGGAAGAAGGCCUCGGAGGAGAGGAAGGAGCAAGCGAAAGGGGAGGAGAAAGUAGGGGAGAUGGAGAGGGGCACUUCGCCAGGCAGUGGUUGGGCGGUUGUCGAGAACAACGUGCUCUUCUGGCUUCCGCUACAGGUGGCGGCAGAAGCGUGCGUCAGUGGCUGUAGCACUGUAACGUCUCGUUCGAUAUGGGGCUUCCCAUCUCCGUCAGGCUUUUGCAGGAAGGGUAGCACAAAGUCAAGCUCAAGGAGGUGGAAGGAGACGUUCUCUCCAAAAUUGGCCAGGUUUCAAGUCUCAACUUAUUGGUCUGCUAGUUUCCUAAGUGAGCUCAAGUCUGUUUUUGCUGGAGUAAUGGAGGGGAUGUUAAAACCAUCUGAAGAAUGUCCAAUUUCAAAUACUCGGGCUGUACCUCCAUAAGUAUUUGAAUCAACCUCUUCAAUAUUAAAGCCUUCAGUGGUGACACCUCUGAAUCGGAUGCUAGAGUUUCCAGCUACAAGCCUUCCUCCUACUAAUCUCUAAAUCGUUGUGUCAUCCUCUUGAAGUUGGACCGGUUGCUGAAUCAGGACUUCUGGGAUCCACAAGCAAUUAGAGCAGUAUAAGCAGCAAAAGAUCAAACCAUAGUUGUCAGUGUCUGGCACUUAAUUUAGCACCAGAUAGAUCAGAGAUUGUAAUGUAUUCUCUUAGUAGUCAACUGUAUCGUAAAACUUGUGUUCAGUCUUCAACAAUCUGUUGUGCUAGGGGUUCAAUCUUGGUAUUAUGGCAAAGGUGUUCUUUUGCAACAUGAACAAUCAAUCAAGGAAGUGAGUUGGGUUGAAGAAAAUGCAGACCCAUGCUGCAAAAAUGUUUGUUCUCUUCAUCUCCAUUUCUCAAGAAAAAUGAAUGAGCAGAAAAAGCAAAUGGUAACAACCAAAUGCCGACUGCUGAGUGCUGCUGGCAGAAAGAAGAUGAGACUCUUUUUCCUUCUUCAGCAACAAGUGGGACUUGGCAUGACCAUCAUGCCUACCCUACCAGCCAAAAAGCUGAACCAGAAUUAUGGUAUCAAAUCUGUAAAAAAAAAAUAUAUUUUUGAAAAUGGAAGAAUAAUGUUGCUUAAGCUUUAAGAACA